AUGUACCUUGGAUCAAAAAUUUCAGGGAAAAGCUUGACGGAAAAGUCAACCGCGUCCUCUCCACUCCUUCCACCAUCUUCAUUCUAUCAAGCAGUCUACCAAAGCGAACUACAACAACUACCAAAACACAUCACAAACCACCUUGGCGCCUUGGUAUACUUCUACUACUUCUUUCCACCUGUACUCGAGCAAAAAGCAAAAAGUGACUCGAACCGUACCCUUUACCUCACCACACCGAUCAUUCAUUCUCAACAACUGCGUACCAAAUCAAUACUGUGCCCGCGAAAACAAAACUAUAUCACUCGAAACCACCCCCUCACAACUUCAAAGAUGCAUCGCUAUCAGAUGGAUCAUUCAUACCCCGUCUUCCCCAACGACAGCCCUUCCGACAUGAAUAUGGACUUCGCCUCGAUGAUGAGUAACCGCAACCCAUACCAACGAUUCGUCUCGCCCUCGCCUUCCCGCUCCUCCAUCAGCCGGCGGCGCUCCUCGAUCCCAUAUUCAGACUAUUCCGUCUUCCUCGACGCUCCCCAGCACCCCCGUGGGAGGCGUCACUCGACACGCCCACGACGAGAGUCGCAGCUCGUCAAUCCCGACAUUAUCGACCGCCUGGACACGGCCUCGCAGUUCUCCUACCACCAUGAAGGUCCCUACGACGCUGUCUACCCGGAACGCAACAGGAUAGCCGAUCAAAGCCCCCUCGAGGCCCUUCGAGAGUCCAACGCCGAGGCUCUCAAAGCUACGCCAGAACACAAGAUAGUCGAUGCCAUCGAACGACACCGACCCCUCGAGGGAGUAGCUUACUUCCCUCCUGGCCACACCGAUCAAGAAGGCCAGACUUACGACUACGAAGAAGGCCAUAACAUGAUGAACGACUACGGCAACUUUGCCCGCUUCCCGGGCUUGAGAUUUACCGACGAAGAUUUCAAGGACGACCCUUUUUACAACACACCAGUAAAGCCAUUCGCGGCGAUCAGAAACGUUUUCCGCCGCAAGCACCGACGUGUAUCAUCAUAA